AUGACGCUUUCCGCUCCCGCCAUCUCCGCGCCGGCGCUCCUCCGCACGCUGGCGCUCGCGCCGAGAGUCACGGCGCUUUCUCUGGAUGCGAACGCCGUCGAUUUCUACGACGACGAGUUCCUGUCUCGCCUGCUCUCCGCGCGCCCUCACCUCACCCGCCUCAGCAUCGCCCCUCCCCGUUUCACCGGAACUCCCAACUUUCAAUUAGGCACGAAAUCUCUCGAGAAUUUCUUACGCAUCGCGUCGUCGCGCCUGCAAGAGCUCUCGCUGCGCGAGUGUCUCGGCCACACGACGAAGCUUCCUGCUUCAGUCGCGUCGCUUUCGUCGCUGCGCGUGUUCCGCCUGUCCUCCAAGGUUCUCCGCUCGCUGCCCGACGAGAUGUGCCAGCUGCCUGCCCUGCAGGAACUUUACCUAAACUGCCCGUUGCUGCGGCAGCUGCCCGAAACUUUCGGCCGUCUAACGAGGCUGGAGCACCUUUCGUUCACGGACUGCAAGGAAAUGCGGCGCCUGCCGGAUUCGCUCGGCGAUCUCUCCUCGCUCACCUCUCUCCACGUCGACGGCUCGUGGCAGGUCGAUCGCUUCCCGCCUCGCGUUGACGCGCUGCAGCAGAUGCGGCGACUGGAGCUGCGAAACUUCACCGGCGCGUCGUUACCAGAGGCAUGCGAAAAAUGGGAGAAAAUCGAGCAAAUCACUCUGGUUUCGUGCUCCAACAUGCUCGCUUUCCAGCUCGCGUCCGUGCACGCGCUCACGCGUCUCACCAUCAGCGGCGCCUGCGGGAAUCUCAGAUCUCUCCCACCCAACCUGCCCUUGGCGUCCGCAUUGCGCCAUCUGAGGAUCAACUAUCUCAACUCCGAGAUACCCCUCGAGCCGCUAAGCCAGCUCGUAUCUCUGGAGCGGCUCGAGGUCUUCGCCGUCGACCGCUUGGAGCGCUUUCCCGAGGCGCUCUUUGCGCUGCCGUCGCUGGCGUACGUGAAUUUGAGCAACAUCUACUCCUCCGCCCUCCUGCCGUCCGACCUGGGUCACCUCACCAACCUGCGCUCGCUCUCCCUCCGCGGCACCUGGUUCUGCUUCCCGCGCUCCCUCUCCCGCCUCGCCCCGUGCCUGCGAUCCCUGAAACUGGACUACAGCGGCAACAGCAGCCCGGAUACUGCAAUCCACCGCGCGCUCACGUCCUUUCUCACGGAUCUCACCUCUCUCACGGACCUCCACCUCCACAACAUACACCUUCCCUCCUCCUCGCCUGCCUGUGCGCGCCUGCCCGCCCUCCGCACGCUACGCAUAGAGUGCGACAGCGGUUUCUCCACCGACGUGUCGCUUCCGGAAAACCUGGGCCAGCUGGCAGCCUUGGAGUGGCUGGAGCUGAGAGGCUGCUUCUUGCAAGAUGGGCUUCCGCAGUCCUUCUGUGACUUAAGCUACCUGCACCGCCUGUUCCUCAGUAGCGAAACCCUGGAGCACCUACCCGGGGCAAUUUCGAAGCUGUCGCGCCUAGAAGAGCUCACUCUUGACAGGUGCUACAGGCUGGAGUCCCUACCCCCAGGGUUUGGCGGCCUGCGAGCGCUGAAGAAGCUGAGUGUUCGGGGUGGGUUGAGGAACAGGAACUCUCUGCCUGACACUCUGGGCAGCUUAUCCUCGCUUGAGGAGGUCUCCUUGGCAUAUUGCCCUCACGCUCUCAGCCUGCCUCCCUCCUUCUGCCUCCUCCCUCGCCUGCGCACGCUUUCUCUUACCAGCUGUGAUGAUCUCACCACCCUUCCAUCUAACUUCGGCUCUCUAUGCUCCCUGCAGCGCCUCUCUAUCGGCUCGUGCAAAAAGUUCCACCACCUGCCCGAUUCUUUCUCCAACUUGCCCUCACUGACCCUCCUCAGCAUUUCGGACUGCCCGGAAUUUUCCUCCCUUCCUGAGACCUUUGGCCUGCUGCCCCGCCUAACCUUCAUCAAAAUUGUCGAGUGCAACUCAUUCACCCACCUCCCCAGCUCCUCCUCCCUGUCUGCGCUCCGAGUGGCCUGCUUCAGCCAUUGCAAGCACCUGCACUCCCUCCCUUCCACGCUUGGCCGGCUGCCGCGCUUUGAAGUGCUUCAGUUGAGGGAGUGUGAGGCGCUCACGUCGCUACCAGAGUCGCUCAGAGAGGCGAGGGUGCUGAGGCAUGUGGAUGUGUAUGGUAGUGGGGUGUCGGAGAAAGGGGUGGUGGAGGUGGGUGUUUGUGGGAAACAAGUGCAUGUUGUGUGGGGGAGGAUGGGAAAGGCUGAGAAUGUGGGGACGAAGGGCAAGCGGAGGAAAAGGAGAUGA